AUGAAACUCAUUAGCAAUCGUACAUUCUGUGCGACCAUUGCAUGCAGGAACUCGUUAACUGAGCCGUGGGAUUUCGACAUAUCUGCAGAGCUGGGCCCGUCGUUUCCAAGUCCCAGUGCCGUGCCGUGCAGUCUGCAGUCCGCCCAGACUGAUUAG